AUGAGCGACCAAGGAAUCGAGAAGACAUACUGCACGUUGCACGAGCGAUACAGUGUCGCCCGUAGAAAUUCAGGAUUUCCAGCUAUCAUAGUAGCCGUUAUCGUCUAUCCGACAGCCUCUGCUCUACCGUCAUCCUCAUCGCUGAAAGAACGUAUCGUACAGCUUCAAGAGCACUUCCCUCUUUUAUGUUCGAGAGUGGAGGAUCAUAGAAAGACCAAGCCCUAUUUCACGCCUAAUGCAUCACCAUGGUCACCCGAAGAUAUCCUAUCGACUACAGUGUAUACACCUUCAUCUACAGGCAGUAAGGAAGAGGAGUACGAAACUCUGAUGAACCAAGAACCUAGGAUAUUGGUAGAAAAGGAAGAUUUCUGGUUUGGACCAGCUUGGCAGAUCCGAGCUCUCAGUCAUCCGUCUCAUCCAGAUUCAUCAAGAGCUUAUCUCACCCUCGCGGUCGAUCAUAUCUAUCUAGAUGGAAGGGGUCUCCUUUCCUUACUGAACGCGCUCGUCGCCGACGACAUCAUAAAUCUUCCAUUUGAGAAAAUUUCAACCCCAACCAGAUUGGAUGAUACAGUCGAUAUAAAACCGUCAUUAUCUUUCAUGCUACCUAUUGUUAUCAAGAAAUUGUUAUUACCGAAAUUUCCAGUGUUCAUUCAAAAUUAUUUCGAGCAACCUCCAGCAUGGCCAUCAAAACUCAUCAGAGUUUCACCAACUAAUUGUGAACCCGGUUUGUCAAUCCAUCUCCUCCCUUCUACCGAUGUAAAUGCUUUGAAGACAAUCUCCAAAAAACACGGUGUGAGAACCCUUCACGGUCUAUUCAAAGCAGCUUGGAUGGUGUCUAUAUGGUCAGUCUAUCGACAUACGCUCGUGCCAUUUAUCGCUAGGGCGUCUACUCCAAGAUCUGAGCGUGAUCCUGAAUUAGGUCAUGCUUAUUGUACGGGAAAUUACGUCAGUUCACAUCGAGUAGAGAUAUCUUUGUCUACGAAAGAUGAUUUCUGGGUCAUUGCCAAAAAGAUCGCCGAUGAAUUAUUAGAUCCUAAAGCUAUUGCGCAAGGUAGAAUGAAUAUGGGUAUGCUUGCUUACAUACCGGACGGCGAGAACGAAUCUCCUGUAGAUGUACAUCGUCCUACCGGCUGGGAAAGCUUUUUCCUUGAUGAAGCAAAUUCACCAGAACCAUUCGGCGAAAGUAUCAGUGUCUCCAAUCUUGGAGUAACCAAGCUCCCAGAAGGAGCCGAAGAUCUUUUCUGGGGUCAAGAAUCCUCCCCUUACGCUCCGCCUUUCAGCACCAGUCUUAUCGGGCAUGAAGCCGGUAUGAGAAUGGUCACCUCCUGGAGAGAAGGGUCAGCUGUAAUUAAGGACGAGGCGCAAAAAAUCGAGAAGACAUUCGGCCGAGUCUUGCAGAAAUUGAUUGCUGGCCAAGUUGAUACAGCUCUGGAAAAAUUGACCUUGGACAAGUGA